AUGUGGCGGGGGUCGUGGACCCUGGUAGCCCGGGCCGCACGUGGGCCUCGCAGACCGUGCACGCGCCAGGGCAGCGGCGUCCCGGUCCCCGGUUCCGGGGCCACUAUCUUCGCGCUGAGUUCCGGCCACGGCCGCUGCGGCAUCGCGGUGAUCCGAACCAGCGGCCCCGCCAGCGGCCACGCCCUCCGGAGCCUCACGGCGCCCCGGGACUUGCCCCCGGCUCGCAGCGCCUGCCUGCGCCUGCUCAGCCACCCCCGUUCCGGGGAGCCGUUGGAUCGCGCGCUGGUGCUCUGGUUCCCAGGUCCCCAAAGUUUCACGGGUGAGGACUGCGCCGAGUUCCACGUGCAUGGAGGCCCGGCGGUGGUGAGUGGCGUCCUGCAGGCCUUGGGUAGCGUGCCAGGGCUGCGGCCAGCGGAGGCCGGUGAGUUCACCAGACGGGCAUUCGCCCACGGGAAGCUGAGCCUGACCGAGGUGGAGGGGCUGGCGGAUCUAAUUCAUGCGGAAACCGAGGCGCAGCGGCGGCAGGCGCUGAGACAGCUGGACGGAGAACUGGGCCACCUCUGUCACGGCUGGGCCAGGACCCUCACUAAGGCUCUGGCUCAUGUGGAGGCCUAUAUCGACUUUGGUGAGGAUGACAACCUGGAGGAGGGCGUCCUGGAGCAAGCUAACAGCGAAGUGCGGGAGCUGCAGCUGGCACUGGGCGCACAUCUUCGAGAUGCCAGGCGCGGGCAGAGGCUUCGCUCAGGGGCGCACGUAGUGGUCGCAGGACCCCCCAACGCUGGCAAGAGCAGCCUGGUGAACCUACUCAGCCGGAAGCCUGUGUCCAUAGUGUCUCCGGAACCGGGGACCACCCGCGACGUGCUGGAGACCCCCGUGGACCUGGCCGGGUUCCCGGCGCUGCUGAGCGACACGGCGGGGUUGCGGGAGGGCGCUGGGCCCGUGGAGCAGGAGGGCGUGCGGCGCGCCCGGGAGAGGCUUGAGCAGGCUGACCUCAUUCUAGCCGUGCUGGAUGCUUCUGACCUGGCCUCACCGUCCAGCUGCAACUUCCUGGACACCGUUGUCGCCCCCGCCGGAGCUGGGAGCCCCAAUGGGAACAGCCAGCGCCUCCUACUGGUGCUGAACAAAUCGGACUUACUGCCUCCAGGCGGCCCCGACCCCAGUCCCAACCUGCGCCCGCACCUGCUGCUGUCCUGCUUGACCGGAGAGGGGCUGGAUGGCCUCCUGGAGGCGCUGAGGAAGGAGCUGGCCGAAGUGUGUGGGGACCCGUCCACAGGCCCACCGCUCCUGACGCGUGCAAGGCACCAGCAUCACCUACAGGGCUGCCUGGACGCUCUUGGCCACUACACGCAGACUAAAGACCUGGCCCUGGCUGCUGAGGCUCUGCGACUCGCCCGGGGGCACCUGGCCCGCAUCACCGGCGGAGGGGGCCCUGAGGAGAUCCUGGAUAUCAUCUUCAGGGACUUCUGCGUGGGCAAGUGAGGGGACCCCUGGAGCUCUCAGCCAGGCAGAGUGGAUGCCCAGAAGCCUUGAAGCAUGUGGGAAUAGCUUAGGCCAAGUGAGAAUCUCCAUCCCUGGGGGAAGAACCUGACUCCAGAACAAUGAAGCAAAGCCGCUGCCUUCAGAGGUGGUGAGCUCGCUGUGGCUGGCGGUGACCAAGCUACGGCCAGCCAGAUUCCCUUGCAGGGACAUGCCAGGGGUUCAAGCCGCUCUGGAGUGGAACCGCUUUGGGUGCCUGAUGCUGGAGGAGCAGGGGUGGAAGGUUGGGAUGGAGGUGGGAGGGGCCUCAGAGUUCUUUGCUUUGUGGUUUUUAAUUUAUUUUGCAAAUACCAAAGGAAUAUAAAAAAUUCAGGUGAUCCAGAAAUGCUUAAACACGGAAGACUCCGUCCCCCCACAUCCCUUGGGGUCACAGCUCAACUUGUGUCCUCCCAAAAUUUCUCUGCUCUUUUGCAUACUUGUGGAUACACCCAUAAAAAUAUACGUUUUGUAUUUUGUACAGACA